AUGCCCGAUGCCGAUCCAUGUCCAUGUCCGUCCUCGCGGGCCUCCCCGCACGUCGCGCUCCGCGGCCGGUGGCCAGGGGACGACGACGACGCUUUUACACGCGCGGCGCCGGCUCCCGCGCCUCCGCCGAGGACGCAGCGCAGGGCGGUCAACAAACGAGUCGAGUCCCACCAUUCUCCCAACGCCGUGCACUGCUUCGCCCUCGCGGGCUUCCUCAGGCUCUGCGUGGCGCGCGCGCGGGGGUGCGCCGAGGACGUCGCGCUCCCGCCGCUCCUCGCCGACCAGGCCGGCGAGAUCGACCACAUUUCCCUCCACUGCCCCAGGCUGCGGCGCCUGGCGCUCCCGCAGCUGACGGCCGGCGACGAGGCGCGCCUGCCGGACCUCGUCCCGCGGUGGCCGCUGCUGGAGCAGCUGGAGCUGGAGGCCAAGCCGUCUUUCUCCUUCCCGGCGCUCGCCGCGCAGCUCGCGCUGCACUGCCCGGGCUUCGCCAGCCUUCAGACCUCGGGGGCCGUCAAACCCGAGGACGUCGCGGCGCUGGCGCGCUCCCUGCCCAGGCUCCGCUCCCUCUGCCUCGACCGCUCCUACCUGCCCAAGGAGCACCUGCUCGCCAUCCUCGCCGGCUGCAGGGAGCUGAGGGAGUUCAGCGCACGGAGCUGCGUCGGCUUCGACGACGAGGACGAGGAGGUGCUCAGGUGCGGGGCUAGGAUCCAGCGGUUCGACGUCGGAGGGUCCAAGUCCAAGCUGGUGGAAGACCUAGGGCUCCUUUGGAUCGGAGGAAUUUGA